AUAAAUCACUUGUGUGAAGUAGGCCCUUCCGUCAUGGUGAAAGAGUUAUGUUCCGGCAAUAAUGAGUGUGAAAACAGCUAUUACGAUAAUUCAGAGCUAUUUCUAUGGAAACAUAGAGAUCAGUUUUCUACCUCAUAGAUUUCCAGACAUAGAGCAUUUAAUUGGAAUUAUUCUGUGUAUUCUGUAUUGAUUCUAAUACUGGUUACCAUAAAAUGUUACAGCGGAGAAAAUUUACGCGAAAGUAUUGGAAAGCAUUCAUGUGUAUUCUAACGAUUUCCAUAAUCGCAUUUAUCAUCACAAAGGAGAAGGAACAAAAAAUAACUGAUAUUGUCAGUAGCGGUAUUAAAACGACAAAAGAAGUAAAACUGACUUACCGUCAUACAACACUUAGACAAAAUGUCGAGGACGGACAAGUUAUUACAGACAUGCAGAUUGUGGCGAAACAUGGAGAAAAACAAUACACAGAAAUGUUUAAAGAUGUACCUGCUGAAAAACAGACACAUAUAGAACAGUCUAAUGUAACAACUAUCGGACAUUCUAACAUCAUUUCCACGACACGAGGCCCAGAAGUCCGCCAUAUUGCAUUCUUAAAAGUGCACAAGGCAGCAAGUUCCACCAUGCAAAAUAUGUUUUUCCGUUUUGGACGUAAACGAAAUUUAACUUUUGUAUUUACUAGACACCCGAACUAUUUUUCAAGAUCAGCACAUCGUCAUCUUCCACUGGUACGACCCAAAUUAAGGAAUGGCUAUGACAUCUUGUGUAACCAUGGUGUGUUCAACUAUAACAUAUAUUCAUCACUUCUACCAAAUGACACUGUGUAUAUUGGUAUUGUACGAAACCCUCUGUCAGUUUUUAUAUCAGCUGUGAAUUAUUACUCUCAGCCCUCACAACUAUUGUCAUAUCUGGCUUUUAUAAGGGGAGAAAAACUGCACAAGCUCAUUCAUAAUCCGGACAUAUAUGACAAAGGUUUCUUCUCGUAUACAAAGAACGUGAUGGCUCGAGACUUCGGAUUUCCAGAGUCAGAUAACAGCGACAUAAUAACACAAAAAUUGACAGAACUUGAUAAUAUAUUCACACUAGUUCUCAUUGUUGAGCAUUUUGAAGAAUCACUAGUUUUAAUGAAACGAUAUUUAAGAUGGAAGAUGCAAGAUAUUUUGUUUGUACCUAACAAUGUAUACGUUGAACAUGCUAGAUCAGUAUCCAGUUCGGACCUUACAUCUAGUGAUAUACAGAAGUUCAGAGUAAGAAAUAAACUCGAUUACGACUUGUAUAACUUUUUCACAGUCAAAUUUUGGAAACAGUUUAAGAAUCAACCGGAUGACAUUAAACUGGAAGUGUUGCACUUUAAAAAGGUACUUGAGAAUGUAUCUGCAUUUUGUAAUAUGAAAAAAAUGGACGACAAUCAGGGUUACUUAACAACUCAGAGAUCAGAUUGGAAUGAAGAAUUCGUUACAAGUGCCGAAGACUGCGAAUUUAUGAAAACUGGUGAAUUGAAGUUUAUACAGAUACUAAGGCAAAAACAGGGCAGUGAGAUUACAGGACCAGUUAGGAAUGUACAUCAAAGACGAAACAGAUUCGGGGUAGAUGGUAUGAGAAAUAUGGGCUUUCAACAGAGAAAAAACUUCCAACGUCAAAGAAUGAUGGAAAACAGGCAAAGAAACAAUGUUCAUAGCCAAAGGCUGGCCGCACGUGAUCGGAAGCCUCCUAGAAGAUACUAGGUGAAACAAAGGUUGAAAAGGUCGGAACACUGUUGUUAGUUCUUAACUUCAGUGUCGAUUAAUGAUAAAAAGCAAAUGUGGAAAAUAUUCCAUUUAGUAUUAUUUCACUGGCUCAGAUAUUGUUUCUUUAUGAAUAAAAGGGAAUAUUUAAUUAAUUACUGAGAUACCAUGAAUGGAUACAAUCUCAACAUAAUUUAAUUAAAUAAUUUGUGGCAAUAAAGUCAGAAAUUUCUGUA